ACAAUGUGAAAAAUAUUUUCGAAGUGAACGGUUGUUUUGCGUGAUCGUGUAAAAGUUAUAAGACUGUAUACAAUUUUUAUAAACUGUGAAUUAAAUAAAAACCUAUCGAAAACUUAAUAAAGUCUCAACCGUUUGGGCGAAAAACCGUUUGCUUAUUGACAAAUUAGUGCGCAGAAAGCAUAAUAAAUUUAACAGAAAAUCAUAAUCUAGCUAAAGUUGUGCACAAAAGUGAAAAUGUCAGACAACAACAGUGAAACCGCCGCCCAACAACAGCAUCAGCGCGCAAAUGGUACAGAACGCUCCCAAUCGACAGAGGAGAAAGAAAUCCCACGCGAACCAGCUCUAGUACAUAAAGACAUCAAUAUAAAGACUGAAUUGGAAUGCCUCGUCAGGUUGCUCGACGGCAAAAUCUACAAAGAUGAAGAGACUGCUAUGGAGGAAUUACAUCAGUAUCUAAUCGAAGAUGAGGGCUCUUGGGUAUUAGGCGACAAUUUCCUCGUAUUCGUGCAGCGUGUUUUGCGUGAAGAUAACUUUUCACCCGACACACGUGUGCAUUUAAUACGUACAUUGGCCUACGCCGCACUAAAGGAUGAUGUCAUUAUUAUAUUGCAUCAAGAUCGACGCGAUCAUUCGCUCAUGAAUUAUGCACAAGACAUUGAGAAACAUACGCCAGAAGAGCAACAAGCGUGGGCGAUGUUUAUGUGUAAUCUUUUUGAGAAUGUCGGACCCUCCGAGUGGUUGCUUUAUAUCUCGGAAUGGGAUUAUUUGGGUCAGACAAUAUCGAAUAUACGCGUGACAACCAAGGUGGCGGUGCACUGCAUACUCUCCAAUUGUCCACAAUUGAAGAACAGCGGUUCGAUGAUGCUCUACAACAUCGCUAUAAAGGAGGUGAAGACAGUGGUCUUUGAUGAUAUCGCUGUGGAGCUGGCCAUGGCCAUUUUGCAAUUCUUCCAAAGCAAUCCGGCGGAGGAGCAAGUCUUCCGCACACUUAAAGCACUGGCACGUUUUCUGGAGGUAUCCGCUGAUGUUGCUGCCAUUAUACAAAUGAUCGGUCCACAUCCUAAGCAAUUUGCUGGCAUGAGCGAACGUGUCGAUGAGCUGGUGAAUAAGAUUAGCCGCAAGGUGCCAGCUUAAAGCCAAACUAUAAAAAUAUAACACUUAAAGGGGCAUAAGCUCUUGUCACUGCAGAUACAUUUAUUUCAUAAUUUUUCUAUUAUUUUAUUAUGCGUUCAAACAUUUUAUUGCAAUAAGCACUUUUUCUAAAGUAAUACCAGCGAUUUUUUAUAAUAAAAAAAGAUUAUUAAGAAACAAGA